GACACCAGCAACUGUCAAUUUUAUAUCACAAAUAAAACUAUUUACAUGAAAUUAUAAUUGUAUUAAAAUGUAUAGAGGAUCUUAUCAGCGAGGUAUAAUGACAAUCCUUUUUAGUGGGGGUUCGAAACCAUUAAGUAUUUGGGCCACAAAUACCGAAAGUGGCUACGUAUCAAGGUUUUUAGAUCCAGAUAUUAAGUCCAUGGUCUUAGAAGUAGGUGGAACUAACGUGAGUACAACAUAUAUAACGUGUCCAAAAGAUCACAGAAUGACCCUAGGAAUAACAAUGCCAUUUUUAGUUAUGAUUGUGAAAAAUCUUAAAAAAUAUUUUUCUUUCGAAGUGACUAUACUCGAUGAAUCAGGAGUUAGACGACGAUUUCGUGUUUCAAAUUUCCAGAGCACCACCCAAAUACAAGCUAUGUGCACUGUGAUGCCAAUCGGCCUCUCAGAUGGUUGGAAUCAAAUACAAUUCAAUCUUGCUGAGUUUACAAGACGCGCUUACAAAAAACAAUUCACAGAAGUAGUGAGACUGCAAAUUAAUGCGAAUAUACGUAUACGUCGAAUUUACUUCGCUGAGAAAUUGAUUCCUGAUGAUGAGUUACCCCCUGAAUAUAAAUUAUACUUUCCUCUUGGUUCUAAAAAAGAAAAGAAAGGAAAGCAAGCUUCUGCUAAAGAACUACAAUCGAAACCACCUAUUCAGGCAAUUGCUGUAGAGGCUGCACCCGAACUACCCGGAAGAGUUUCCAAAAUUUCAGUUAAUUCUGCUAAGCAAGAACCAGCUCCUCCAGUUGAAGCUAAAGUAACACCAGGAGCUCACGAAUUGAAGGUUGAACCACAAGACGUAGCUCAAACCAUUGAAGAACCACAAAAGAGCCAAGAACCAGAAGAGGAUAUGAUGCAAACAGAAGGUACUGAAGAGCAGACAGAGAUAAUGCAAGAGGUUAUACAUGAAGUGACACAUACACCACCUGAUACAGCAGUAUCAGAGCCUGCAGAACCUGGAGCACCAUCUGAAGAUGCAGAAGUCUAAUUUAUAUUCAUUUUCUUAGACAUUUAUGUACACAUGGUCUCUUUACUGGUUAUUGAACGCUUCUAAUGUAUCAUAAUACUAUUAACUUUCUAUCAUUUUAAAUGUUAUUAAUUUUCUUUCGAUGUAAUUUAUUUAUUAGAACAUCUUUUUUACUUUUUAAUGAUUGUUAAUUUCCAUUUCAUGUUUAUUUAAAAAUAUAUUUUUAGUAGAAAUCUUAACUUUGGUAUGGGAUAUUUUUUUUAUUUAAAUGAAAAUAAACGUCUGAACUCUUAUCUUAACGCCGACUUAUAAUUCUACCAACUUCUAAUGUUUUACGUUUUAUCUUCAAGUUCUUGAAAUAUAUUUUUUAGAUCCAUAUAUGAGUGGCUUGGAUUUUACCCUAUGAAGGCUAUGAUUUUAAAUUUCUUGAAGUCAAUCAAUCAAGUCUUUGAUUUGUGUAAUUAAUCCCAGACGUGAGGGAUAUUACUUUGAAAAAUAACAAAUAGUUUAACUUAAGCUUAGUAAUAGUUAGCUACAUAUACAGGGUAUGAAACAACUUCAUCCUAAAAUUAGAGGGUAG